AUGACGUCCAGGAUCCCUCUCAAGCCUGCUGGUCUCGCGUCUCGCCUCGCCCGAUCGGCUUCGCGGUCCCCACGAGUGCAGACGACGCGCCCCUCCUCUUCGUUUUCCACACCUUCUCGCUCCCCAGAACGCCCCGUUUUUCCCUGCGUCGAGCAGCACGCCGCACGCCAGUCCCGCAUCCUCUCCUCCCUCGCCUCCACCUCCUCCGACCCCUCCUCCUCUGGCCCCGAACCGCCCUAUGCCCGCCCCGCGCCCCAGUCGUACAAAACAUACCACCAUCGCGCCCCCAUGCCCCUCACAUACGCCGCUCCCCUGCCAGAGUUCACCGUCGCAUACGAAACAUGGGGCACCCUCUCUCCCAGCCGCGACAACGUCCUCCUCCUCCACACCGGCCUCUCCGCCUCCUCCCACGCCGCCUCCACCCCCGCGAACCCCGCCGAAGGCUGGUGGGAAAAAUUCAUCGGCCCCGGCCGCGCCAUCGACACCAACCAGUUCUUCGUCGUCUGCACGAACGUCCUGGGCGGGUGCUACGGCACCACGGGCCCGUCCUCGGUCGACCCCGCCACCGGGGACCCCUACGCAACGCGCUUCCCCGUCGUGUCCAUCUUCGACAUGGUGCGCGCCCAGUUCUGCCUCCUCGACCACCUCGGCGUGGACAAGCUCUACGCGAGCGUCGGCUCUUCGAUGGGCGCGAUGCAGAGCCUCGCCGCGGGUUGGCUGUUCCCCGAGCGCGUGGGCAAGGUCGUCAGCAUCAGCGGCACGGCGAGGAGCAGCCCCGGCAGCGUAGCGAUGCGCUACGCGCAACGGAGCGUCCUCAUGGCGGAUCCGAAUUGGAACAACGGCUUCUAUUACGAUCGGCUGCCGCCACACACCGGCCUGAAGCUCGCGCGUCAAAUCGCGACCAUCACGUACCGCUCCGGGCCCGAAUGGGACAUCCGCUUCGGGCGGCAGCUCAAACCGCAGCGACCAGAGGUAGAGCUCACCGCAGACCCGUCGCUCCCGCGCACGCCGGCGCUCUGCCCCGACUUCCUCAUCGAGACGUACCUCGACCACCAGGGCGAGCAGUUCUGCCUCAAGUACGACGCCAACUCGCUCAUCUACAUCUCCAAGGCGAUGGACCUCUUCGACCUCACGCGCCCCGCGCUCGAGGCGCUCAAAAUCACGCCCGCGCCGCCGUCAAAGUCCGCCGCCAUCGCAUCGCUGCCGCACAGGACGUCGCACUCCAAGUCGCACCCGCCGCCGUCGAACCCGCCCGCGUACCUCCCGGACCUCGCCGCGGGCCUGCGCCCGCUGGCGCACACGCCGGUGCUGGUGCUCGGCGUGCAGAGCGACAUUUUGUUCCCCGUGGAGCAGCAGCGCGAGGUCGCGGACGCGCUGCGCAUGGCGGGGAACGAGCGCGUGAGCUACUACGAGCUCGGCGGCGUGUGGGGGCACGACACGUUCUUGCUUGAUGUGCAGAACGUGGGCGGCGCGCUGCGCGGGUUCUUGUCGUAGCACGGGCGUUGUCGUUUGUAGAGCGUAGGGCGGCGGCUGUUCUUUGCGCAGUAGCAGUCACGCGAACGACGCCGCGAUCGCGAGGCGACGAUCGGGAGCCUUUGAGGGUUGGGAGGGGGGACAGCGGGCGGGGGAUCAUCGCGACCGGCAUGGCUCUGAGCGACAUGCAUCGUCAUCAACCAACCUCGCAUUGUUGCAAGUUGUUCCGGAUUGAGGUCACGUGUUACAGUACUUCCCCAACGCCCACUUAAUUUUUGUGCGGCUUGUUUGGGUGGGUGGGUCGCUGGUCUCUAGUGCCCGUGUGGGCGUGGGCAUUUGAUCAUGGUUCAUGGCUGUGGGUGAAGAGUGGAAGAUGUGAUUUGCGUUUAUCGUACAUGGCCAGUAACAGGGAUAGUGCAGUGAU